CGGCGCGGUCCGUGAAAGAUGGCGCACGUCUUCGUCCUCGGCGCGGCUCUGACCGGGACCAUCGUCGUCCGCGUGAAGAAGAAGCUUGACAACGGCGGGAAGAAGAACGAGAACCUCUCGCCGGAGGAGCGCGAGAAGCGCGCGAAGGACGCGUCCGCGCGCGUCGCCGGGAUCGAAGCGCUCCUGAGGGACGCGCAGUCGAAGCUCCAGACGACGGAGUCGAUGGCCGCGGAGAAUCAGAAAAAGUUUGAGCAGCUCGUGACGGAGAAGAACGCCGUCGAGCGCAUGCUCGAAGAGAUGGAAAGGAAGAAGGAGGCCGCGGAGGAGGCGGCGAUCGCGGCGCAGGAGGACGGCGCGCGGUUGUACGACGAGAACAACCAGCUCAUGGAUAAGGUCACGACGCUGCACAGCGCGCGAGCGGCGGACCACGCGAGCCGCGCGGUGACGACGCGAAAAUGGCGCAACGAGCUGGCGACGUUUGAAGAGAAGACGCCGGAGGAUUUUCUUAACGAGCUGCUGACGCUCGUGAAGGACAUGGACAACGACGUCGAGAUCGAGCUCAUGGACGCGGAGACCGCGGCGAAGUGCGCGUCCGGCGGUAUCAGGCUCGCGCGCGGGGAGGAGCUCUCGCUGUGCGACGAGUGGACGCACAACCCGACGCUCGCGAUGGCGAGGCCGGACAAGCUGGCGCGGCUGGCGUCCAAGACGACCAUCCCGUCGUCGGACGCGAACGGCGCGUCCGCGUCGUUCGAGGCGCAGGUGGACGUCGUCGCGCGAAAGGCGAAGGAGAACGCGGCGGCGAUCAAGAAGGCGGGCGCGUCCGGGGUCGAGGUGAAGAUCACGUCCCCGAUGGGCGCGUCGAAGCGCCGCGCCGCGCUCGGGGCGGUGGAUGCCAACGUCGUCGCCGCGGCGCUCGCGGCGAGCGCCGACGCGUCGGUCUCCAAGCCGUCGGUCUCCAAGCCGUCGCCGCUGCCUAAGCCCGUCGCGGACGCGCUCAUCGAGCCGCACUACGUCGACUGCACGCCCUCGCACUCGCCGGCGACGUCCCCGAUGCGCGCGAAGCUCAGCGGGAACACGCGCGCAGAGCGGGUGCUGAUGUGGGGCGGCGCCGGCGACAAGGGCAAAGCCAAGGCGGGGUUCAGCGCUUCCGCGUCCGUGGACGUGAGGUCGCUGUUCAACGGCAGCACGGGGACGUCGACGCCGAGGACGAAGAAAGCCGCGCAGAAGCACGUGAUGGCGGCGGCGGGGUUCGACGUUUUCAGCGAUUUCGACGACGUCGCGCCGGUGCGUCGCGAGCUCGUCGCGAGCGAGUAACUCGAUGGCGCGCGCGAAGCGUCGAGUUUCUUUCGCGCGUCGCCGACGAGGCGACGCGCCGGGUUGUACUCAUUUGAACUUUAUUUGCAUCGUUACAAUCGUGUUC